AUGGGUAGCGUCGACACAAACCUUAAAGUAAUCGUCAUUGGCGCCGGUCCUGCCGGGUGCGCGCUCGCCCAUGGUCUCAAGAAAGCUGGCAUCUCCUUUAGCAUAUACGACAAAGGUGCUGACGUCUUCCGACAUCGCCAUUGGGCCUUCACCCUGGGUUGGGCACGGCCGUACCUAUUCGACCUCAUCCCUGAAGAGCUUAGCAAGCAGAUCAACUCAUGUCAAGUCGACCCGUACGUCGAUUGUGAGGCACUUGGCGAAGAUCGGAUCGUUAUCUAUAACGGGCAAACGCGAGAAGAAGCAUUUGCAUUUCCGAUACCAAAAGCACGGGAGAUCAACAUCCGAAGAUUGCGCAUGCUGUUAGCCGAGCGACUAAAUGUCAAUUAUGGCAAGAGCUUCUCGUACUUCGAAAUGAAGGAUGAUGGUGGGGUCAAGGUGCACUUCGAAGACGGCUCCAGUGAUGAAGGCGACAUAGUCAUCGGCGUUGAUGGCGCAAUGUCGAAAGUGCGGCGGUGCCUCAUACCGAAGGAAGGCAAUAUGGAUACGCUCCCAUUCGCUUUGAUGAACUUCAACGCCUCGUAUACCGCUGAGCAAGCGCAGUUCAUCAAAGAUCGGCUCCAUCCACUGGUAGAUAUUGCAAUCCACCCUGCAGGCCACUAUAUCCGCGCCAAUGUGCUCGAUAUGCCAGAUGAAAAUGAUGCAAGUACUUGGACGUUCCAGAUUCUGUCGACGUGGCCGCUGAAGUAUGUUGAAGACCACGAUAAUGAGACGGAUCGCCUGAAGCGCCUCAAGGCGCACGUGCAACGAGACAGAUGGGCUGAGCCCUACAAGAGCGCAAUCGAAUGGAUACCGGAGGAUACCACGGUAUUACGCGAUCAACUCAAGAUAUGGAAAACAGUCCCAUGGGACAACCAAGACGGACGGGUUACGCUAUGCGGCGAUGCUGCGCACGCUAUGACCUUCCAUCGUGGGCAAGGCGCCAACAAUGCCUUCUACUCCGCGCAUUGCUUCGUCGAAGCGCUGAAGAGCGUGCGGAGCGGGAGCGCAUCCCUCAAAGAUGCAAUCACGGCUUACGACGAAAGUAUCUGGAAGCGCGGCGCAAACGAAGUGCAGAUCUCCAAGGCGCAAACGUUCUUCACGCACGAUGGGUUGGACAACUUCAUCAAUAGCCCCGUCAUGCAGUUGGGGACGAAGCCAAGUCAUGCUGCGAAGACAGAGGGCUAUCAGUAG